GUUCAGUUCAGUUACUUUACUACUUACUUGACUUGUUGGAAUAAUAAUAUUCCUGGUAUCAUCAAUGUAAUUGUAAUUAAUUGGUACUACUACUACUACUAUUGUUACGUUACGUGUGAAGUGUAGUGCGAACGUAGAAUUCUUUGUUUUAAACUGCAAGAAAACAAUACGUAUUAACUUAAAUAUAAACUAGGCCUAGUUGAUUUGUAAAAUAGUAUAUUAUUUUGUUGUGCUAAAACCUGAAAAUGGUUUAGGCUCUUAAUCUCAUUGUGAUAGAAUGUCACGCCAUCGAAAUGUUAGGUCUAUGAACUAUUCUGAUGAAUAUGAUGGGUAUGAUGAUGUCUAUGGCCAUUCGGUAGAAGACGACAGCUGUAUUUCUCCAAGUGAUGCUGCUUUUAUGUACGAUCGUAGUAACCGGCAAACCCAGAUCUCAGCAUUUAUAACAGAAGAAGACGACAUUGAAGAGGUUGAUGAAGAUAUUGAACCUGAAGUUGAGAGACGACAUUCUGAUAGCUUUAGGUACCCACAACUUAGCGACGUAGACGAAGCUAGAUUACGCUCUUGUCUAGACGAAAUUCACAGUGUUAUUGGAGAUUCCAUCCCUGAGAAUAUUGUUGUUGAAACUGUGAUAGGAAACAACUUUGAUCUAGCACAGUCCCUAGAUGCCCUGUUAAAAUCUAACCAAAACAAAAAAGAAGAACCCAAACCCCAGAGAGACAGAAGUCGCCGCACUCGCCCUGUUGAAAAAGAAGACAAUGCUGCUGCUCCACCUCCGGUCGCUACAACUGACACUACCCCCACCAUCAGUGUGGUGGCUCCCUCCAAACCUGUCUCCGUAGUCAAGGGCUUCCAGAUCAACAAGACUGAUGAUACAGGUGAGAGUGGAUUGAAACCUAGCGAUGGAACGCCAAGAUCUCAGUCACCGUGUGAGAAAACCCCAGGCACAAGUCCUGAGGUGCAGAGGAAGAUAAAGAGCAACAUAGACACAGACAAUAAAACUCCAUCUAGGAAAAACAAUCCUGCUGAGGAAUGGAAGAAGUUCCGAGGAGACAGCAAAGAACAACUUCACAUGGUCACGAUUGGCCAUGUAGAUGCAGGCAAAAGCACCCUGAUGGGACACCUACUGUACAGACUUGGAAGAGUGAAUCAGAAACUGAUGCACAAGUAUGAGCAGGAGAGCAAGAAGGUGGGAAAACAAAGCUUCAUGUACGCCUGGAUACUGGACGAGACUGGAGAAGAAAGGACAAGAGGCAUUACAAUGGACGUGGGCCAGUCUCAGCUGGAGACGGACUCCAAGGUCGUGACUCUACUGGAUGCACCGGGACACAAAGACUUCAUACCCAACAUGAUCACUGGCGCGGCGCAGGCAGAUGUGGCGCUGUUGGUGGUGGACGCUACCAGAGGAGAGUUUGAGACUGGCUUUGAGUCUGGGGGACAGACGAGGGAACAUGCGCUGCUAGUGCGGUCACUCGGUGUGAGCCAGUUGGCAGUAGCCAUCAACAAACUCGACACUGUGGACUGGAACGAGAACCGGUUCCUGGAGAUUGCGUCCAAACUGAACGUGUUCCUGAAGCAGGCAGGGUUCAGAGACAAGGACGUGACGUUUGUCCCCUGCAGUGGCUUGACUGGAGAGAACCUCGCCAGUAAACCUACAGAACCUGCUCUGUGCCAGUGGUAUACAGGGCCUUGUCUGCUGGAUGUUAUAGACAAGUUCAAGGUGCCUGAGCGUCCGGUCGCCAAGCCUCUGAGGAUCUCAGUCAACGAUGUUUACAAGGGGACAGGCUCAGGAUUCUGUGUAGCAGGCAGAGUAGAGACUGGGAUGGUACAAGCUGGAGACAAGCUGCUGGUACUACCUCAGAACGAGACCUGCACUGCUAAAGCAAUAUCCAUAGAGGAGGUGAACACAGGUGUAGCGUUUGCUGGGGACAGUGUGAGUCUUACAAUCGCCAACUACGACCAGCAGAACAUGGCUGUGGGCUACGUGUUGUGUGACCCAAGCAGUCCUGUACCAGUCACCUCAAAGUUUGAGGCUAGGAUAGUGCUGUUCAACAUCACUGUUCCUGUCACCAAAGGCUUCUCUGUGGUGCUGCACCAGCAAAGCCUAGCAGAGCCAGCUGUCAUCACUAAACUGGUGGCUCAGCUUCACAAAAGCUCUGGAGAGGUCAUAAAGCGACGACCCCGGUGCUUGACUAAGAACUCGUCUGCGCUGGUUGUGCUAGAGACAUCUCGACCUGUCUGUGUGGAAUUGUACAGAGACGUGAAGGAGCUCGGACGAUUUAUGUUGAGGGUGGGAGGAGCCACCAUCGCAGCGGGUCUCAUCACCAAGAUCCUGUAAGACUGGAUUACAAGAAUAUUUAUUAACUGUGGUUUUCUAAUUGGUGCAUAUUGUAAAAAGAGAUUUAUUAGGCUACAUCAUUGAAUAAAUUUGGU